UAUAGAUAUAAAGCUUGAAGAUGCCUCUAUCAUUGAUAAAAAAAUCAGCUUCUUUGCUCGAGCCAUAAGGAAGAUAUUUAAUUUUUUUUGGGUAACAUGAUUUUUGGGCCACCCUGUAUUUAUGAUAUACCUUUUUUUUUUUUUGUUUCUAAAAAAAUAUUUCUUUCUUUAAGUUAUUGUAUACAAUCUAUGCUGGUCUUGGAGCUGUGGCUUUUUCAAUUUUCUUGGCUGUUGAUACACAAUUAAUUAUGGGAGGAAAACGACACGAAAUAAGUGCUGAAGAUCAUGUAUUUGCAUCACUUAUGCUUUAUAUUGAUAUUGUUUAUAUAUUUUUAUAUAUUCUUACUUUGUUUGGCAAUCGAAAAUAA